UCAUCGGAGAAUCAGACAAAGCUCAACUUUCGAUGGAUGAAGUGACCAAGAAAAGUUUCGAAAAUGGUCUAACGGCCGUGGAGGUCGGUUCUCGCUAUCCAAGAGAGGAAGAACACUACUCAGUAUCCUCCAGUGUCUCUGUUACAAACAUUCUUUUCAAUCUACUGGCACAAUGGCCCGCCAAUCAAGCCAUCAUCGAGUAUAUGGCUGCGUUGUUGAAAUCACAAUUAUUGCCUCUACACAUGUUUACGUCCGUGUUCUUACGCACCACGCGUAGCUCGGAAUUGAUGGAUCCACGUUCUUUGGAUCUGGUCUGUCAACUAAUCAUUUCUACGACUCAAGCGUCACCUUUGGAUACGAUAGUGUCCGUGGUCGACCCGCUCGAACCAAUUGCUACGACACUACUGGAUACUUACAACCUAGUGAGAAACGCAUUGGGAGUUCCUUAUACUACAAUGCAUGACUUGCAGUCAUCCGCAUCGAAUAUUUUGCUAUUAGCUUUGCAGUACAGCCGACCUUUUCUACCUCAGCUAUCAUCAACAGAGAUAUUGCAGCUCCUCACACUUGGACACGAAAUUUACCAGCAACCAAAUAUUAGGCCUGAGCUGUUGAAUCUACUCGAAAAUGUGAAUCAGCUUCUCAGCAGUCUUCUUUCUGUAUCGAACACUCUUCCUGCUACGCAUGGAGAGAUCCUGGCGAUGAGCAUGCCUCAACCGGAACUAGGCCCAUCCGAAACAUCGGAUAUCGUCUCGUGUAGUCUGCUCAUACGAAAUUCGCUUCCUCUGAUUCUAAAACGAUUUAUUGAAAAUUCUGGCGUGCCAAAUUCGCAGCUAGAGUUUGCGCUACCAUUCCCCGUUUCAAUGGAGACAGAUGAUUUGACCUCAAUCCGCAACCCAAGCUCUUUCCGCAUCGAAUUCCUCAAUUCUUUGGUAUCAUUUGGCAUCUUGGACUCUGCAGCAGCCAAAAGCAUCCAAGAGUCGUGGUCAGAAAAGACAUCGCCAUGUCCCCUCCUGAAUGAACUGAGCUCUCAAGGUCAAACAGAAGACUCUGGGGGAGAUGAGCAGAAACGAAUCCUUGAACUUUUUGUCACAGACCCCUGCCACCAGAGCACCUUCGCAGAGGGACUAACUGCCAAAACAGAAGAACUCAUCAGUUCAUUCGAUUUAAUUGCACUUUCGACACUCUGUGAGACUCUAUACACACAUCCAUCAGCUUUGGAUGUUCUAGCCCUCUAUAUAUCUAUUCCAUCAUUCCUCAAAACAUUUUUGAAACUGGUGGAUAGCCUAGAUUGGUCAAGCAUAG